UAAGAUUAGGAAUGGAACAGAUCUUCUAUAUAAAUGUAAAACAAUCUGACUUGACUUGGUAUUUCUAUUGGAACUUACAUAUAUUAUAAGCUCAGCACUCUGCUUUCUUUACAUUUGAUUUGGUUUUUUUUUUUUAUUGUUUUUCACCGAUGUUGAUGGCUGCAUUGACCCGAGAAGAAGCUGCUAAAGCCUUUGUGGAGGGCUACUACUCCCACCUCUGACAAUAUCCAGGAGAUGCUUACAAGUUUUAUAAGGAUUCAAGCACAUUACGUAGGCUAGGACCCGAUGGAGUCUUGAACCGUUGGACAAUCUUGGAAGCCAUUGAUAAUCAUGCCUUGGAGUUCAUGUUUUGGUCAUUGGUAGCGUGACUAUGGACGAUACUACUAAGAGGAAGUUCACGCAAUCAUUCGUCUUUGCCCCUAUGCGUAAACCCAAUGUUUUUCUAAGUUCGACUGAUGUUUCUUUUUUUAUUUUGACUGAUGUUUUGAGGCUUCCUGAUGAUGAAGAAACGUCAAACACUUGUGUCCAAAGAAUUAAUCCUGUGCCUGUUCAAGAAGUUCAGAAGAUUAUUCCUGAAAACUCGAAGAUUUGUGUUGAAGGAGUUGAUUCGAUUGCUGGUCCAAAUCUAGAUGUUGUGACAGUAGAUAUUGUAUCCAAUGAGAAAGUUCAGAGCAGGAUGCUACCUCAUCAACUUCUGUCAAAGGAGUUGGUUCAAUUCCUGGUCCAAGUCUGAUUCUAUGCCAACUGAUAUUGCCCCUUACGAGGCUUUUCAAGAAGUUCUAAAGGAUGAUACUGCUGUGGUAACUUGUGUCAAAGGGGUUGAUUCAAUUGUUGUUCCAAGCUCAGAUCCUAUGCCAGCUGAUGAUAUUGCCCCUAACAAUGAUAUUGCUGCUCCCAAAAAGUCUUUUCUAAAUGUCGUGAAUGCAUUGAAUGGGAAUAAUGCUCCAUUUAAGGCUCCUCCAACGAGGAAAUCUGCUCCAACAACGGCUAAGGAGUCUAAGGGAAAGUCCAUAUUUGUUGGGAACUUGGCCAUGGGUGUAAACGUUGAAGAACUUCACUUGGGUUUUAAGAAAUUCGGACCUAUUAAACAAAAUGGGAUUAAAACUCUAUCUGAUCAUAUGAAAAACAGAUGCUUUGCCUUCAUUGAAUUCGAGUCUUCGAGUUCUGCACAAAGUGCCAUCCAAGCUGCUUCUUCUAUCACAAUUGGCAACCGAAAAGUUCAUAUCGAAGAGAAGAAAACUGGCUAUACUAACUACGGAGAUAGCAAGUUUCCACCAGCCUUAAGCCUUGGCAAUGGUUUAUUCACCAGGCACAAUGGACCCGUAAAUUGAUCAAAUCUUUUUCUUCUUUUUUUUUUUUUUCAUUUAAGAAUGAUUAUUAUAAGGAACAUAUUUUCUCUCUUG